CUCAACAUGCCAGUUAAGGAAGUCAACACCAUGAAAGAUGCAGAUAUGUACCAGGCACUUGAAACGAUCGCAUUGGGUGCUCAUGAUGAAGCAACGAGGAAGGCUGUUGCCGAUAAGAUGCUGGCUUACGCGUUGAAGUUAACCAGUUCAACCGUGGAAACUCUGCCAAUGUCCAUUCUGAAAAUAUUCAAAACCUUGCUCGGCCAAUUCAACCUUGUGACACUCCGUAAGAUCAACAAGGAAACUCUCCAUCAGCUCUCCAUCCUACUGGCCCCGGCGUUUGAGGUACAGAAAGUAAUCUGUGUGUACCGGAGCAAGGAGGCCGGGUUUCCUGCGUCAGCGUACUGCUCUUCGGGCUAUGACCAGGAGAUGAAGAAUAUUCUGGCGGCUGUGGCUACUCCGGCUGCUGCUGCUGGGAAGAGGAGGAAGAGAAAUGCCGCACCAACAACACCAGUGACAUGUAUAGAUAUCAUCGGUCUCGGAAAUGGUGUCACUUACCUCACCACUGCCCAACUGAAAACUAUAGCCGAUCAGGAAUUCAAGGAUUGUGCUAGUAGACUGGGUAACCCAGCUCUUGCAUUCGACCUCGCGCAAAUUGGUGAAUUAUCAGCCUUGGCUUUGAAGUACUGGGGUGCCACUUCUACUUGGACACCGGACACCGUUCGGAAGGCUGGAGGAAUGGUGGUGGGCCUUUCGGUGUUUGACCUAGAGACACUGGUAAUCGCUGAUCUAGAGGCAGCGAUGCGUAUCGGAACUGCUAAAGGCUGGGCGCUACUAUCAAGUGUGGACAGAGACACGAAACUCUCUGCAGCAUUCGCGCAAUUCUCUAAAGGUCUCCUUGCCUCCGACAUCAAGAAGAUCUCUGGCUCGCAUCUCAGGAUGAUAUCGAAUCUUGCAUGCGGGGUGUCGGCCAACAAAAUAAAAUCGGAGGUUCCAGUUGAAGCGAUAGGGUCUUCCGUGAUUGAGCUUGGGCUCUUGAAGACAUGCACAGCUAACCAGCUGACAGAAUACGCCCAGAAGGCAAUCAAAGUGCAUGGAAAAAUUCCUGAACCACGAUAUAUGCAGAUAUUAAUUGGUGGUCUUACAGGAAAGCAGCUGGACUUGCUAAAGCCAUCGCAGAUAAAGGAAUUGUCACCAUCCACUAUUGAGAAUUUACCGGCGGCCAUUCUUAUCAAAUUCACCGUGGAGCAGCUUAGGGCGUUUACCCCCAGCAUGGCCGCCAGGAUGACAGCUAAACAGAGAAAGGCACUUCCGAAGGAGAAGCGUGAAGUGAUCCUGAAGAUCCUGAGGGACAAUCUACCUGCCGAGGCCGUGAGGGAUGAUGCAGAUAACUCGGCCGUAGCAACGAGCUAUAACCCAUGGAUCGUGUUCACUUUGACUGUCGUUCUUCUCCUAACGGACUGCAAGGGCUCAAUGAUAUGAACGGGGGCCCAUCUAAAUGAAGAACCGGAUUGGAACAUUUCAUUUGCCCUGUGAUAUUUUUCAUCUUUAUGCUUAGCCAUGUCUAUAUAAGCACGUGUGAAAAUGUCAUACCAUCGAGACAAACUUACACUUGUCAAAAUAAUUUUGGACUGUGUUAUUUUGAUGUUUUCUUACAUACAUGUACAUGUUCAAUGUAUUCUGAGAGACAAUUCCAAUUUCAAACUGUAAGCAACUGCUUCUCUAUCAAAAACAGUGUUCAAAUGUAAUAAUUGUGAAAAUAUGUUUUGUCUGAUGAAUGUAUGAUGUUAUUGGAAUGAGGUUUUUUUAAACAGAUAAGAUGAAUGGUUCAAUCAUGAUCAGAAACGUGCCAUUUUAGAACGCAUUCUCUAAUCUAAAAUAUUGUAACAAAUCCAUCCAAUUUCAAACUGUAAGCAACUGCUUCUCUAUCAAAAACAGUGUUCAAAUGUAAUAAUUGUGAAAAUAUGUUUUGUCUGAUGAAUGUAUGAUGUUAUUGGAAUGAGGUUUUUUUAAACAGAUAAGAUGAAUGGUUCAAUCAUGAUCAGAAACGUGCCAUUUUAGAACGCAUUCUCUAAUCUAAAAUAUUGUUACAAAUCCGUCCCAUGCUUAACUUUAAAAAAACCUUUUAACUCUUUAACCUUUAAAGGCCAAUUUUAUGACCUCCUGAAUUUUGAGGGAGCCGCGUACGUAACAGAAAAGGAACUGGCAAGUCUGUGCAUACAGACAGAUUAUCCGCUGAUAAGUGGCGUAGUGGUUUAGUGGUACCGGUGUAACAGUUACAAAUGCCCCCCUGGAAAAAGUGUCCAGCCCUAUUGUAUUAUGCAAUAUGGUUCUAUAGAGACCCUGACCGUCAAUAGCUCAGAGAUUGAAGCGCACAAUAGAAUCCUUUGUUUCCCUGGCAUUCUAUCCUAGGACAUUUUAAACUUCUACACCGGGCUUAUAAUCAGGAGGUCAUGGACUAAACAUAGUUAGUGAUAUUGGCAAUGAUUGUUGGCCGAGAUGUUUCGCUAUCCUAUUCCGAGAAUGAUCCACCAAUGACGUCAUCAAGUUUGGGCAUGGAAUCCGGAAUCCGAUUUCGGCCUUCACUCGUUUGCCCAUCCGUAAUUCAGAUUCAGAUUCAGAUUUAUUGGAAGAAACAAUUGCGGAAAAUGCACCCUUUUCACAAUAAACUGAGACAAGCAAUAGCAAGCGGAAAUGUGCUGAUAAACUGCAGAACGACGCCUGAAGCGGACGGUCAAAACAUAAAAACCCCGGCGUGAAAACUCUGCAACAGCAUCCAUGGAUUUUUGAGUUACACCAUUCCGGUAAUUCAGCACUCGUUUGUGAACUUCCGAUCGAAUGCGACCAAGAACUGUUCUCGUGUGAGAGGUUCUCUGACGGGAUAGCGAAACAUCAUAAUUAUAUAAUGCAUAACGAGCGGUUGACGAAACAUCCACUCAAUGAGACUGGCAUCUUGCUUGAGUAGAUUGUAUGUACUUUUUGCAUCAACGAACACCUGAGUUGGGAUGCCCCCAGUGAAUUGAGAUGAGUUGGGAUGUCCCCGUGGAAAAGACGAUCAUCUAGUCCGUCACUUCUUUUCCCUGUUGAUGUACAGCGAAUCCCGUUUGAUAUUUUUUUCCGCUUUAACUCCACGCACCAGUCGGAGGACAAAUCCGUACUGUAAUAAUGAGGAUGUAAGGUUGCACGGUUGGUGGAGCGAGGUUUAAAGCAGCUGCGUAAUAGCGAUUAAGUACCAACAACAAUUUGGAAGCGGACAAUAAACAGUCAUGUAGGGAAGCGGACCAUAAAAUCAUGUAAUUGCCGAGUCAUUUCUUACCGGUGCUGAGGUAUCGUUGUCUUAACUUUUUAUGACCUUUCUGUUGAAACCAACUGUGCCCACUGUUGAAUAACGUCCAUCAGUUGGCCUCUCAGGGGUUCCGCACAAGACCUGGCUUGGCCUUUUGAUCUUACACUUAGUAAUCAUGGAGAAAUAGAGAAAAGAGAAGACCUGGACAAGUGCCUUGGGCUUUUCUGCUAUGAAGCCGAUCUGUGACUUGUGGCAUUGAUGACUAUUAUGCACUACAUCUGUCUAUUUUAUCAAGU